AUGCCUCCACCACCAGAUCUGUCAUCCUACCGUCUCUCAGACCAAGACUCCCAACACAUCUUUGCCAGCGAAAUCCUCCCCGCCGAAUUCGACCACCUCCCUUCUCACCAUGGCCCCCAAACGUCGCCGCCCCUCGCCGUCCUAGCUGUUGGCCAAACAGGCUCAGGCAAGACUCGUCUCUCACCCGCCAUCCUCUCGGCAUUCCAUCUCGUCCGUGGCGCUCCUGCAACUGGCCCCGUGCAUCUCAUCGCCGACACAUACAAGACAUACCAUCCCGAAUACACGCGCCUGAUGCUGUCCACGCCAAACCUGGCCUCGCCCGCCACGGGGCCCGACGCGAGGAAAUGGCUUGCAAUGGCGUCCGAGGAGGUCGUUCGACGAAAGUUAGAUGUCCUUUUAGAGAGCGCAUGUCGGCAUCCCGAUGAUUUUGUGCAAUUGGCUCGUGUUUUCAGCACGGCAGGAUACCGCGUAGAAGUGGUGCUGUUGGCGGUGCCAGCCGCGCUCAGUAGAUUGGGCAUCUUGGUGAGGUUCUACGAGAAGUUGCCCGAGGGCCAGUCGAGGAAUUUACCUGUGAGGCUGACGCCCACCAAAGUCCACGAUGAUUCGUAUGCCGGACUGUUGGACGCAGCGAGGUUUUUGGACGAGACCUCUACGGCGGAUCAGGUGCUUGUGGUCAGGAGAGGGAAUCUCGUGGCAUAUGGCACCACGAAGAGUGCCAAUGGGAACAUGGUGAAUCGAAGAGGCGUCGAAGAGGCGUUGAAGAGGGAAAGGGGGCGGCCAUUGACCGCACAGGAGAUGAAGACCGCUCUGGAUGACGUUCAAAAGAUGAGUACGCAUGAGGAUGCCAGUGAGCAGGUGGAACACAUAAGAGGUAUGUUGAAGCCGCUGAUUAAGGACAGCUCCCAGGAUGGUUGGCCGGAAUUAAAGCCCUUGAAUUUUGGGAAGGUUAACGAAGAGGCUGGCGGGACCUAUAAUGUUCUUCGAUUAGGACAAUUGUGA